CCCCCCCCCCAACCCCCCAAAGGGCCAAGGCGUUGCCCGCGCCGCGCGUCCCCUCCCUAACGCGCUCGCCUGAUUCGCUUCGCCCCGCGAUUCCUCCCCACCAAUUCUCCAACCCAACCGAAUCGAACAUCUCAAAAUCCCCGCAAUCUUGCAUCGCGUUUGGCUCCGAAUCCACCUCCUUCGAUCCGGAAAUCCCCUGCCCCCUCCGAUUUUGCACCGAAUUCGCGUCGACCUCAAGAUCCGGCUCAGAUUUUAACCUGCCAUAUUCGCAUCGAAUCCUAGUUGCCAUUUUGAGAAGAUUCGGGCGCGAGCCGCAGAAAGUGAAUCGAAUGAAUCAGGCUCCUAGUUGAUGCUACCCGGCGAUGGAUCGCCGCAUCCUCAGGAGCGCGUCGUGCAACGGCAGCGGUAAGAACUCGGCCCCUUCCUCUCCGGCGGCGGUUUCACGGUCUGCGUCGGUCGUGGGCGCCGGCUCCAAGGACGACGCCGCUGCCGGCGAGCGCAAGGCGCUUCUGCCGCGGCAGCGGCCGCCCGGCGGCAUGGCGCGGAAGGGCCGCAAGGCGUCCAACCGGCGUGUGCAGUGGAAGGAUAGGCAUGGCAAGAAGCUCACCGAGGUCUUGGAGUUCCAACCUAGUGACUCAAGCGACUCUGAUGACGAAUAUAUGGAUACUUGCAUAUGCUCAAUCAUGUAAAUACCGCAGAACUAAAUCUCUGGGGCAUCUUGCACAGGUGGAUUCUAUAAUGUGUAUAAAGAGCUGUAUCUCAAUAUUACUGUCUUCGGCUUGGCCCUAACAGUGACAGUCAUGCAUACAUAAGUUCGUUCAAACAGACUCUGUCUGCCCUUCUCAACGCAAGGAAGUGCAUUUUGCAAUGAUGACCAAGCUGGUGGAUAAGCAGCAGUUGGAUCUGUUGGACAUUUAGCUGGCCUUAACUUGGAGUUACAUCAAAGUCCUAGAAAUGAUCACUGGUUACAAUAGUUAGACAGGAGAAAAGAAGCCAGGAAAGGAUGCCUUUCUUUGGUUUAUUUUUGGAUCCCACAUCAUCCUGAGUUUUUGGCCGAGUAAUGAUUUAUAUGAUAAUGCAAAUGCUAUUAGAAUCAGACACUACUAAUUCUUAUGCAUGAUUGAGAUCGAUUUUUGUCAAUAGUGUUUGAUGUAUUAACAUGGGAUGUUCCCUUUUGGAUAUUUUCCGUCAACAUCUGUUAUUCUAUUUACAGGAAUGGCUAGACUGCUGUUAAAAAGUGUAUUCUUCUUAACAAAGUAAUCAAUGGAAUUUCCUUCUUUGCAUCUAA